UUGGCUCAAACGACGAGCUCGCGCUCUGUGGCGUGGGCGUCACAUCACAGGGCCCGGUGGCUUUAGAUGCCAAAGAAGGGUGAUAAGUCUGGUGCUAAUCCUGGCUAUGAAGAGCGGCUGCGGAAAGCCCCCGGGCUGCCCGAGGUGCUGGUCAUUCUCAAGGAGGCUGCGGCAAGCAAGAGCGAACCAUCCCGUAGCUUUUUCUUUCAAGCGCUGAGCGUGUUAGCCCAGAAGGCUGCUGCCACAAGUGCCGUCAGCGCUGACUGCAAAGUGGCAGCUGUUCAACAAGGAGAAUGGCUCUUGGAGUCAUGCUCGAGGCUGGACGGCGGCAAGCCACAGGAAAGCGCGAUCACCUCCAUGGUGCGCGUGUGCUGCGCCUGCGGCGCGCAAGACCGAGCCCUCAAGCUCGUCGCUGAGGCGCAGGCGAAGGGCGUCAAGCCGCGCUUGCGCACGCUCUCAGCCGUCCUGCUGCAGGCCUCCGAGGCCCAAGACCACGGUCUCUGCGAGAAGCUCUGGGCGCAGCUGCCGUCUCUGGGGCUGGAACCGCAGGACUCCGAGUUCGCCCUCAUGCUGCGGACCUUCCAUGGUGACGUCCAGCGGCAGUAUGCGCUCCUGCGGCAACUCAUCGAGGAGCUUCCGAUGCCGUCGGACCCGCCCUUGAUCGAAGAAAUCGGCCGGGUCUUUGGUGUAGAAGGUGCGCUGGCCCUCCGCGCCAGGGAUCCGCCCAAGGCGCCCGGCCGCAGAGAAAGCGGCGGCUGUUGGCAGGUGGGUUGGACCACGCUGAGCCCCGAGGGCGACUGCGCCCUGAGCGGCCGACGGCUGCAGGCGAUGGACGUCACGCCGGAGGAGGAAGCCUUGCUCGAGCGCAUGGUCACACGCCUGGUGAUUGAUGUCCGGGACUCGGGCAAGCCGUUUCGACGCUUCAAGAAGUGGUUGGAGGAGCAGCCGCCCUUCGACAUCGUCAUCGAUGGCGCCAACGUGGGCUUCAACAAUCAAAACCGCGAGGGUGGCCUGUUUCAGUACAGCCAGAUCGAUGCGGUGAUUGACAAGCUCCGCGAGACGGGGAGCCGCGUGCUGCUGGUGCUGCACCCCAAGUGGCUGCGGGAAGACGCCGACCGCACGGUGACCAAGAGGAAGAAGCGGAAGCUGGACCAGAUCAACUUGGAGGGCAACAUGGGUUCCUCCGAUGAUUCGGCAGAAGACCAGGAGGGCGAGCCUGAGAUCCAGUAUCCCUUCGACCCCAUCACGUGUGCGGAGCGCGCGGCUCCGGCGGGGACGCCCUUGGCCUACAUACGGAAGUGGAAGGAGGCUGAGUGCCUUGUGCGGGUGCCUGCGAAGGAUUGCGAUGAUUGGUACUGGCUCUUUGCGGCGCUCUCCUCCGCUCGCCGUGGUGCAAGACACGUCCAAGUGGUCAGCAAUGACCACAUGAGAGACCAUCACUGGCGAAUGGUGGGCCACCGAGCCUUUCUGAAAUGGCAGGGCCGGCACAUGACGAGGGUCAGCAUUUGGUCUGAAACCUCCGACGUUGAGAAUUGCAAGGUCACAUUGACGCCUCCGGACAUGUACUCCAUGCAAGCACAGGUCUCAGAGGAUUCGUCGGCCUGGCACUUCCCCGUGCCGUUGGUCCCCAGCCGUGCGCAGCAGCUCUCCUCGGGGCGGCCGCUGCCACGGAAGGAGAUCGAAUCGGCCGAGUGCCACUGGCUGGCAGCCUGGCGGGACACGCCCGCGGACCGAUGAUGGCGGCCGUUUCACCGGAAGCAUGGGAAGCCUCCACCGGAAUGGAAGGCACCGACAAAAAUCAGGCGCCCGCCGCACACAUGGAGGCGCC